CCCACCACGAUGACCGGCCCAGAAAGCCAGAGACCCCAAACUACACGCAUUCCGCCAUCACAAACUUUCGAAAUUUGAAACCACAAUCUCCUUCGUCCUUCACUGUUCUGCUCUCUCUCCGUUUCUCUACAAUUCUCUGUAAUUACUUUCUGUAUUUUCUCAUCCUGAAUCAAUUCGCGACUAAAGAUCUAGAACUGGAAUUAAAUUCUAUUUCUCCCUCACUAAGUAAUUUCUGCUUUCUCGAAGGACAACGGUGAGUUUUGAGUAGGAAUGGAGUUUGAGAAUCACAGCAGUUUUCGCUCUUAAUACUGGUGAGGCGGAUAUCUGAUUAUCGGCUUGGGAAUCGACGGUCACGAUGUCACUGCGAAUAAAGGCGGUGGUGGACAAGUUCGUGCAGGAGCUGAAGGAAGCGUUAGACGCCGACAUUCAGGACAGGAUCAUGAAGGAGAGGGAGAUGCAGAGUUACAUAGAAGAGCGCGAGCGGGAAGUCGCCGAACGCGAGGCUGCCUGGAAAGCUGAGCUCUCUCGCCGCGAGGCAGAGAUUGCUCGACAAGAAGCAAGGUUAAAGAUGGAGAAAGAAAAUCUUGAGAAGGAGAAAAGUGUCCUCAUGGGAACUGCAUCAAACCAAGAUAACCAAGACGGAGCUCUUGAAAUAACAGUAAGCGGUGAAAAGUAUCGGUGCCUCAGGUUUGCAAAGGCAAAGAAAUGACGCUUCAUAGGUGAAGAAAAAUGAUUUCCAUGAAUAUGACAUAGUAGGCAACUUGAUUCAUUCUAAUGCGUUGAAUAUGCAUAUAUCCGUAAGUAAUUCAUAAUAUAUGUGUUGUCGAUACCACUUCGAUAAUAUUUGAUGCAGGAUAGAAAUCUUCUGCGGUAGUGAAAAGGAACUCUCUCUCUCGCUCUCUUCA